AGAGUGUGGAAACAACAUCGGAGCUGAAGCUUUUCACCGAUGGUAUGCAGAGCAGGUGGCAGGUGGCAGAGGUCAUGAUGGACUCUGUUUCACUUUCCUGUAAAGACUUGACCUCCUGGCAGGGGCUCCUGCUCACAGUCUCCCUUUUAACCUGCUGGCUGCUUCCCACCACUUCCAAGCUCACCAUAAAAUCAAUGCCUCCCAUUGCUGUUGAAGGGGAAAAUGUUCUUCUGUUUGUGCAUAACCUGCCGAAGAAUGUUAAAGCCUUUUCCUGGUACACAGGACCUGCACCAUUCAAGUGUUGUGAAAUUGCAAGUCAUGUGAUAGCAACCAAUUUUACUGUGGUAGGACUUGCACACAGUGGUAGAGAGACAGUACUCAACAAUGGAUCUCUGCUGAUCAAAAGUGUCACCAGAAAAGACUCAGGAUACUACACUCUACGAACACUUGACUCAACCUCAAGACCUGAAAUAAUACAUACUGAAUUCUUUGUACACAGCCCACUUUUAGGCUACAAGACGCAUCUUACACCUUCUCAACUCAAAAUUCGGUUGGUGCCACUUAUGGUUGAAGAAAACAACAAUAUUCUUCUGUGGGUUAAUAACCUGCCACAGAAGCUUCAAGGCUUUGCCUGGCACAAAGGAGUACUUCCACUUGACCACUUAAAGGUAGCAAGCCAUUCAUUCCUCACCAAUUCAACCAUGCGGGGGUAUGCGUACAAUGAAAAAGUGAUCAUUCGCAAUGAUGGAUCCUUGCUUCUCUUGAAUGUCAAAAAGAAAGACGCAGGGCUUUACACCCUACGAACCCUAUCUAUGGAUCUGCUAUCGGAAUGGGCUAUUAUUGACCUCCAAGUAAAGAACCCUUGAAAUCGGGUUUCAGACAAUCAAAGACCAACAAGUAAAUCACUGCCCUCGAAGAAUAGAAGAGGAAUGUCAACCAUGUGUGUUACUUCUCGCCUUACUCUCUAUUCUGAAUAAAAAGCUUUCUGCAUACCUG